UCAACAUGGCGCCUUCCGUUAGCAAACUUGUAUCAAGAAAUGCAGCCGUAGGAGCAGGCAGUGCCUUGGUUUUCAUAUGGCUAUACCGACAGCACAAAAAGGCAACUUCGAAAUCUGUGCCAGCAUCUGCAAGUGAACUAGAAAAGAUUUACAAAGAUGAGACUAAACAUGGAAAAAAGAAGCAAGAAAAAGUGGCAGUUGAUGCAGUCUUCUUUAGUCGGCUAUGGAGGAUCUUGAAGAUUCUGAUUCCUGGCUGGUCAUCUCCUGAAGCCGGUUAUCUGCUGUUAGUAGCUGCAACUCUCGUUGCCCGGACGUACUGCGACAUAUGGAUGAUUCAGAAUGGUACAUUCAUUGAGAGUGCCAUUAUUGGAAGAAAUAUGAAACUAUUCAACAACUACCUGUUUGCCUAUGUUAAAGCGAUGCCUGCCAUAUCGAUUGUAAACAAUUUAUUGAAGUACGGCUUGAGUGAGUUGAAACUGAGAUUCCGGGCCAGGCUGACACAUCAUCUUUAUAGCCAGUAUCUGAAUGGCUUCACGUACUACAAAAUGUCAAAUCUGGACAAUCGGAUCAGCAAUGCUGACCAGCUGCUGACACAGGACACGGAGAAGUUCUGUGAUAGCAUAGCUGACUUGUACUCGAACGUCAGUAAACCACUACUGGACAUAUGCCUCUAUUCGAUCAAACUUGCAGCCUCCAUCGGAGCUCAGGGUCCUUCCUUCAUGAUGCUGUACAUGGCAUUUUCUGGGCUCAUCCUGACACGACUGCGACGACCCAUCGCGCACAUGACGAUGAUGGAGCAACGCUAUGAGGGCGAGUUCCGUUACGUCAACUCACGUCUCAUUACAAACAGUGAAGAAAUUGCAUUCUAUCAGGGGAAUGAAAGAGAAAAGUGCACAAUUUUGGGAGCUUUCCAACAAUUGGUGAAUCACUUGAGAACGUCCUUAGAGUUCCGGUCACUCAUGGGAAUAGGUGACAACAUCAUAGCAAAGUACGUUGCGACACUGGUGGGCUACACGGUGGUGAGCCGGCCGUUCCUCAACCUGCAGCAUCCCAGACACAUGAGUUCAACUCCCAGCGAACGACUGGAAGACUACUACCAGUCCGGCCGAAUGCUGGUCAAGUUGGCCGAAGCGAUUGGGCGGCUGGUCUUGGCCGGGCGUGAGAUGACCAGACUGGCAGGGUUUACGGCAAGAGUGACAGAAUUAAUGAGGGUAUUGAACGACCUUAACAAAGGAAGAUACCAGCGUUCCAUGCUCAGUGACAACCAGGGCAGAAUCGGAUCUAGUAAGCUGAACGUGAUUCCUGGAAGCGGGAAAAUAAUCGAGCAAGAUUACAUCAUCAAAUUUGACAAAAUGCCUCUAGUAACUCCAAAUGGGGAUGUUUUAGUGAGAGAACUCAACUUUGAGGUGAAGUCUGGGACGAACGUAUUGAUCUGCGGACCAAAUGGCUGCGGUAAAAGCUCACUGUUCAGAGUGCUUGGUGAACUGUGGCCUCUUUUUGGUGGAACUCUGACAAAGCCCAAGAGUAAAAAACUCUUCUAUGUGCCACAGCGACCAUACAUGACGAUUGGAACGCUACGGGACCAAAUUAUAUAUCCAGACACACACGAAGAUCAGCUAAACAAAUUUAUCUCGGAUAAGGACUUGGCAGAUCUUCUGGAGAAGGUUCAGUUGCUGUACAUUUUGGAUAGAGACGAAGGCUGGGAUGCGGUGCAAGACUGGAUGGAUGUACUGAGCGGAGGAGAGAAACAGCGAAUAGCUAUGGCGCGACUGUUCUACCACAAGCCGCAGUUUGCGAUCCUGGACGAGUGCACGAGCGCGGUGAGCGUGGAUGUGGAGUCGAGCAUGUACCAGUACUGCCGGGAGGUCGGCAUCACGCUGUUCACCGUCUCACAUCGGAAGUCGUUGUGGAAGCAUCACGAGUACUACUUGCACAUGGACGGCCAAGGCGAAUACGAAUUCAAGCGCAUUGAGUCGGACACCGUGGAGUUUGGCUCCUGAGUUCUGCUACCUGUUAGUUGUGCUCCUCAUGGAUUGUGUGUGCGAUCUACCGAGCAAAGUAAGUUACCGAGCACAGGCCCAUUGUCAGAAACAUCAUGAAUAGUUACGACUAUCGUAAGUCUAAAUUGUCGUAACUUUUGAAGUGCGUUUGAAGCAUCGCGCAAAGGGAUGGAUGUUUUAAACUUACUAUAGUGAUAGCUUUUUAGGGUAUUUCUGACAUUAGAGUCAAUGAAUGUGCAGAACGUUCUCGACUGUGGGCACGACUGUGUCACAGUUGUUGGCAGAUGCAGGUGUGGAAAGGGAGUUAAUUCAGAAAAUUGCAAAGCUGUGUGGAGGCUACUAGCAGUAUAGCAGUUGACACUAGCAGUUGACUAGUGUAUCGUGAUCUCAGCAUCAGGACGUUUUCGAAAGCCGCAACAACAAACUAGCAAUUUCACGUAUGCUACGUUUAGGUCCAUUAUUAGUUCUUAGUGACAAAUGAAGUUGCAACUAUUUCACUAGAUUUUACAGUUCUAUCAGUCGAUAAUAUCAGGAGUAGAUAAUAGGGAAUAGAUUCGCUAUUAUCUACGCCUGAUAAUAUGUUAUUUUGUUGUUUAUAAUUAUAGUUAUUUUGUUGUUUGACUCGUGCUCAAUUAUGAUAUUAAUGAAUGACACGGUCUUUAGUUUUUUGUAACUGAUUAUUCUCAAGGAACGUUGGUACUUUAGUAACGAAAUUGUGAACUUGUGGAUGCUAUCACGAACCUAUAUAUACAUAAUAUCUGUAGCUUUGUACAUGUUCGCAUUAGAGUGCUCUUAAAUAUCAUCUAGUAAUCUUCAUUGAUCUAAGUGUUGAGGAGUGUCCUCUUUGUGGCAGGUUUAGCAUGUUUUAUGUAAUUAUGAUGUAUGUAUGAUAAAUGAUAAUAUAUAGUUGUGCAGAUUUUUAAUGCACUUACAGAAUGAACACAUAAGUUAAUUGCAUUGGGGCCCAAUUGUGAUAUAGUAUUCGAGUCUUGGUGCAAAUAUAUGUACGAUACUUAU